UACACUCACGGCGUAACUUCGCUGAACAACGGGCUAAGCGAAAAUGAAGCUAUUGAGGUCUUCCUUAAUCCUGGCCGUGGCGAUAAGCCUGGCCACGGCAGAGGAGAAGGCAGAGAAGGACAGUAAGGCUGAACCUAAAGCCGCGGAGGAAACAAAGAGACAAGACAAGAGAGGACUCUCGGAGUACUACGGUGACCACGGAGACUUCGGAGGCGGAGACUUUGGAGGUGGCGACAUCCACGGAGCCUCCUACGGACAUGACCUCGGAGGCUCCAGCGGAGGAGGUGAUGAAGGACACCACAUCGGCCACGAGGAACAUGUACACAAAACCAUCACUGUCGUCAAGAAAGUUCCCGUGCCUUACCCCGUAGAAAAACACAUCCCCUACCCAGUGGAGAAGAAGGUGCCAUACCCAGUCAAAGUACACGUACCACAGCCCUACCCCGUCGUCAAAACCGUUCACUUCCCAGUCAAGGAAUACAUCAAAGUACCCGAAUACAUCCCUAAGCCGUACCCAGUGACGAAACACGUGCCUGUUCCCGUGAAAGUUCACGUCGAUAACCCCGUCCCAGUGAAAGUGUAUGAACACGUCCCCUACCCCGUCGAGAAGCAUGUGCCCGUCCCAGUCAAGGUGCACGUACCACACCCCUACCCCGUAGAAAAGAAAGUGCCGUUCCCCGUGAAAGUACCAGUCAAGGUGCCAGUACCAUACCCCGUCGAAAAAGUUAUCCACUACCCAGUAAAGGUGGAAGUCGAUCGUCCAGUACCCGUACACGUUGAGAAGCCUGUGCCUGUACCAGUUGAGAAGCCUGUACCUUACCCAGUAGAGAAACCCGUGCCUUACCCCGUUAAGGUGCAUGUCGAUAACCCAGUGCCCGUGCACGUCGAUAAACCAGUGCCAGUACCUGUCAAAGUGCACGUACCGAUACCUUACCCAGUCGAGAAAGUGAUUCCUUACCCAGUAGAGAAGAAGGUGCCUUACCCUGUUAAGAUCCCUGUUGACAGGCCUUACCCCGUGCAUAUUGAGAAGCACGUGCCCUACCACGUUGAGAAGCAUGUGCCCUACCCCGUGAAGGUGCACGUGCCAAUUGUGCAGCAUGAACACCACGAGGAGUCUCAUCAUGAGUUCCAUGGCGAGGGCGCGAGCGUUGGCGGAGGACUCGAGGAGGGCGGUCAUGGAGGACUAGAAGGGGGUUACGAGGGAGGCCUAGAGGACCACCACCACCAUUAAAGAACUGAUCUCUUUAUUUUUUCUUUAGCUUUAAAGUGUUAUCUUGUUUAGUAAUUGUUUGUUUUUUAAUAUAAAAUAAUGAUUGUGACUGCUAUGUACCUGUGACGAUGUAAAUAGUAACGAAAGUAUUAAAAGGUGAUAUAAAUGAUACUUA